GGCUGGAGGAAAGGUGCUCGUCCCCUUUAAGAGGGCGGGAGGGAGGAGGAAGGAGAGGGAGUAAGAGUCUGCAGCUGCCGCACAGCUGGGCUGAACCGGCUGCUUCAGGGCGGGAUUUUGCGGGUUCUGGGUGGUGGCUUGGCGUAAGCUUUUCCUCUGCCUAUGUUCUGGCUCCCGCAUCCUCCUGCUGCUGCUGCUGCUGCUGCUGCUGCUCCUCAUGGCUCCGCGGCCCCUCAGCCACGUUAUACUAUUGCUGGGUGGUGCUGUCGCCGUGCUGGGCUCGGUGCUUUUCUUUGUAUGGAAGGCCUACUUCAGUGACGGUAACGGGCGGCGGCGGAGGCCCUGGUGGGAAGCAGAGCUGAGCCCCUAUGUGGGAGAGCUGGAUCCAGAUGAGCGACAGCUCCUGGUGCUGGGCCUGGAUGGGGCUGGGAAAAGUACUAUCCUCCACUGCCUCUCUGGCCAUGGAGUCAAAGAGCGAAUGGCUCCCACCUGGGGUUUCAACUCUGUUCGGCUCCCCACUGAGAGCUUCCAGAUGGAUUUACUAGAGGUUGGUGGUAGCCAGAACCCGUUUUAUUGGAAGGAGUUCCUGAGCCAGGCAGAUGUGUUGGUGUUUGUGGUGGACUCUGCUGACCGACUACGGCUACCUUGUGCUCGGCAGGAGCUGCAUAUGCUGCUGGCAGAAGAUCCAGAUCUGCCUGUGGUUGUAGUAGCCAAUAAACAGGACAAGAGUGAAGCCUUGAGCGUGGCUCAGCUACAGCAAGAACUGGACCUGCAAGCCUUUGGCCAGCGUGAGUUUUUCUUGCUGCCAGCCAGCAUUCCCCCAGCCGGGCCAGGAUCUUCACCUCCAAGCAUUCACCAUGUCUGGACGCUGCUAUUGGACCUUCUCUCCCAAGCCUGACUGGAAAUAUACCUCCUGGGGUAAGGGCUCCCCACUCACCUUCCCACCUAGCCCAGUCCUCCAGCAGAAGUUUACCUGAUAACCUUCAGAUUAGAGAGGAGCUUUUUUAAGGAUCACCAAAAGCCCUGGAUUUGGAGUCAAGACCUAGGUUCCAAUCUAGACCUUGCUAGUUAAUACUUGUUACUUUAGGGAAGUCACUUCACCUCUGUGGGCCUAUGUCCUCAUCUGUAAGAGGAAGGGUUGCUCUAAAGUGGUUCUUUCCAGGUCUUAAAUCCUGAACCUGGGUCCUAAAAUUACAAUCCUGGUCUGCAAAGGAAAAGAAUUUAGGAGCCCUGGAUUAGCUUAGUAGAUACUGUUGACUUCCUUCUUUUCCUUGGGCUCCUGGGAAUGGAAUUCAUGAAAGGAUCCUUUCCUUUUCUGCCUACUGUAUCUGGGAUGACUAGAGCAGUGGUCACCUUCCAGGGAACCCCACAGUGAACAGUCCUUUUAGACUCUGCUCUCAGCAGAGCCCUCAGUUCUCAGGCCACAAGGUGGCCCUUGGAUAACCUGCCUACAGUGCCAAACCAUCUCAUAGAGGAAGUGGCUUAUUAAUGAUACUAUAGUAUAAUGGAAAAGAACACUUGAUUUGGAGUCAGAAGACCUGGACUCAAAUGUAGCGGUUACUUAUGAUCCAUGUGACUGCAAGCAAAAUGCUUCGCUUCCUUGAACCUCAGUUUCUUCAUCUCUGCCUGACACAGGGUUAAAAGACCCUCCUCUUCCCCCUGCUCCUGUUGAAUGGGGCCAUGGUAUGGUUCUCUGAACUUGGUGCUAUUGCCUUCACGGGGUUGUUGUGAGCAAAGCAUUUUGUGAACCAUAAAGCACCACUGAAAUAUAAGCUAUUAAUUUCUAUUAUUGAGGAAGCAUGGCAUAGCAGGGAGAGAGCUGGCCCAGGAGUCAGGAAAACCUGGGUCCAAGCCUCACCUUGGACUGAUACUGGCUAUGCGGCCUCAAUUAUGCUGCUUUGUGUUUCUUGGACUACAGUUACAGAACAGUUGCCUAACUAUUGGUAGAGAAGUUUACUGACUGGCAAUUUUUUAUACUACUGAAACCAUAGGUCAGGGCUAAUACCCGAAUUAUUUUUUUUAUUAGUGUUGUUAUUCACUUUGAUUUGCUUCAUAGGUUACCACAAAGGUAUCAGAUGAGGAAAGCUUAUUUUCAGGGAUCCGACUUGUGGUUAGAUGGGGUGUGUGUAGUUUUCUCGGAGGCGCUGAAUAGGGACAAUGAGCCAGGCCCAGAACUGAAUGGAAGAUAAAGUGGGAUUGCCUUUGAGAAAACUGUGCAGCACUUUAAAUGAUCCCAAGCUGGUGGCUGUAGUAAAAGCCCAUCUUCUUAAGGCCAGCAUUUCACCCAGUGAUGCUACAGGGCUGACAAUCAUGGAAUGCCACACCGAAGAAUCAAAAGUACCAGUGACCCAAAGGGCAGUGAGGAGACUAAAUAGUGAAGUGCCAAGCACAAAAAAAGUGCAUUAUUGCUAGUGAUGAACUUGAAGAAUGGUAUGGAGUCUGCUAUGGAGAAUAAACAUGACUAGAAAUGGGCUGGCCAUGGAGCAAGAGUGACAGAUAAUAAGUAUAGCCACAGCAUCCAGAACAUAUUAAAAGAAUUCAAAAAGAUCUCUAGCACAUUGGGCAGAGCAUCUACAGAUAAUGAUGGACAGCAUCUGAGAUGGCCACAACUCAUCAACUGGUUGAAAUCUGGACCAGUGGAGAAGGUGUUCAUGCCAGUGAGAUCCUGAUUCUGUCAAGGUUUCAAAGUUUCAUUUAAGGUCUUGGAAUCUGACUCUACCAUGGGUACAGUGAUUGCCUAGGCUCCUGGAGGCAAUGACACCAACUGUUCACAUGUAAUUCCUUCUGGGGUUCUGUCCAUCACUGAGUUCUGGUCCUGGCCUGUAAUGAUCAACAUGUUUCCAGGUCCCCUCCUAUGGAUGGAGUAGUCUAAAAUAAACUAUUCUUAUUUCGGUGACAGAUUAACAUGGAGGAUAUGUUCUCCCAGCAGGAUCUGGGAAGGAAAAUGCCAAGUUCUGAGCUUACUUGCUUCUUGAUCUAAAGUCAAGGAAGAACAUUUGUGAACUAAAAGAGAGGCACUUUCUUGAGGUCACCCUGUUGUCACUGUACUGUGACCCUGGCCACACCUGACAUCGCUGCAACUCCCUUCCUCAGGGCUGUCACACUCCAAAACAAGCACAAACCGUUAGUAAGAAGAUAGAAAAAAAGGAGGCAGCUGUUGUGUAGUGCACUAAGUCAGAAGACCCCUAGGUUUGAGUUGUGCUACUUUGUGUGACCUUAGACAAGUCACUUCCUCUUCUUGAGACCUGUUUCAUCAACUGUAAAAUAAAGGGGGCAGAGUUGAUGAUCUCAAAGAUCCCAUCCAGCUUUAAAAUCUUGCCUUGCAUGUACUUACAGGCUCUCAAGAGUUGUUGUACAGUACAUUAACUCUUCUCCCCCAUCUAUCCACUUAGGCUCACAGGGGCAGAAAACUGCUUAAUGAAAUCAUCCCCAUUAGGCCAACAAGGCUGAGCUUGAGCCUCAGCCCAAGAUAGCAACCUCCCCAUUUAAAAUUUUUAAAGGAAGCAGGCCCAAAUUCCAGACUCAAUCCUGUUUCUUGGUGCUGUUAUUCAUAUAUUGGAAGGUCAGUAAGGGCAAAAGUACUAAAGUUGUGGAUGUCAUCAAUGUAACAGACUGUCCAAGAAGGCAAUGGAAAUAGUGCUAUUGGGCUUUUAGAUCGUUGAAGCCUGUGAAAAAAAUACUGUAAUGGCAUCAACUGUUAAUGGACUUGUAAUGAAUUUUCAUUUUGGGGGGGGGGUGCAAUGAGGGUUGACUUGUCCAAGGUCACACAGCUAGUGGCAAGUGUCUGAGGCCAAUUUUGAACUCAGGUCCUCCUGAAUCCAGGGCCGGUGCAGCCUGUAGUGAAUUUAAAAUUUUAAAAUCUGGACUACUUGUCUGCCACUACCAGGUUGGUGCACUCAGGGAAUGCAAACAAAUCAUUUAGUUAGUUCUACUGAACAUCAUCAAAUGUUUCAAAGGUAAAUACAGUGUGAAUUUUAAUUUAUCCAUGCCAGUGUUCCCUUUGAAACAGUUAAUAACCAUAUUGGAAAUAACACCUGUACGGGAGUAGAGGCCUGGGAUUCUUGUCUGAGCUUUACCACUAAUUGUACAUGUGACCUCAGGCAAGUCACUUCCCGUCUUUGGGACCCAUCUGCAAAAUGGGUUAAACUAGAUGAUCUCCAGGUUGUUGCUCUGAAAUGCUAGGGUUCUAACAUCUUUCUAUGAAAACUCAUGUUAUAUACAUGACAUACAUCCUACCUUCUUAAACCAUAUAGGGUCGAAUAACUUAAUGGGGGGGGUCACAAAAAAUUUGGCAACAAUAAAAGGUUAUGUAUACCUAUUUUAUAUACCUAUAUAAUCGGGAUCAUGUAAAAAUUUCUCAGGCAAAAAGGGGUCAUGAUUGGAAAAAGUUUAAGCCCAUAUAUUAUCAUUCAUAUAUGUUGACAUGUAUGAUAUAAAGCUAGUUCUAUAGGUAACAGGGAAAAAAAUUUGGCAUGGGCCACAUCAAGUAAAAAGCAGUAUGAUUUAGUUCUUGUCUCUCCAAUAGGAAAAACAUCCAAUUACCUUGCUUUUUAGAUUGGGGGGGAGGAAUGGGGGGAGUCAAAUUUUUAUUAGGCAAAUCCAAAAGUAAAAAAAUAAACUCCAGGUGGCAGCUAGGUGGCACAGUGGAUAAAGCACCAGCCCUGGAUUCAGGAGGACCUGAGUUCGAAUCCAGCCUCAGACACUAGCUGUGUGACCCUGGGCAAGUCACUUAACCCUCAUUGCCUUAAAAAAAAAAAUAAAUUUCAGUUCCAUAAUCCAGCUAAAUUAGAGGACCAAGAUACAUAAAACAUAAAAGUGAGGUAAGAAUGAAUGAAAGAAAGCUUAAGUUUGGAAAUUUGUCCCCUAGAAGAAAACAUACUUAUCAUACCCUACUGUCUACUUUUGUUGUAGACAAAAAUUAUCACUACCACAUGAAAUUCUUUUUUUUUUUUUUUUUUUUUUAGUGAGGCAAUUGGGGUUAAGUGACUUGCCCAGGGUCACACAGCUAGUUAAGUGUCAAGUGUCUGAGGCCGGAUUUGAACUCAGGAACUCCUGACUCCAGGGCCGGUGCUCUAUCCACUGCGCCACCUAGCUGCCCCAACCACAUGAAAUUCUAAUUAGCUGUCCAGUAAUUUAGAAAUAAAGUUUGUUUCCCACGGAA